CCUAAUUCUAACCGACUUCCUAACCCUGGGGGGUGCCCCUUCUUGUGGUUUUCAGCCAACAAGGGCACCGAAUGUAUCUGAUUAGGUGGUCGUGGUUUACCACGGGCAGACAUGACAGGUGGCAUGCCGGACAUGAGCCAGCUGUUGCAGAAUCCAGCUGUUUCUUGGAUGAUGCAAAUCUUGCUUUCAAAUCCCCAGUAUAUGCAACAGAAUGUGAGUCAAAACCCUCAACUUCGCACUAUGUUCGAUUCUAACCCUCAGUUGAGGGAGAUGAUGCAGAAUCCAGAAGUGUUUUGUCAGUUAACUUCACCUCGAAUGAUGCAGCAAAUGAUGUCUUUACAGCAGCUUUUACCCCAGCUUAAUCAACAACAAUCAACUUUGAAUCCUACUCAGGCUGGUGCUUCUCCAGGAUCACAAAACAAUAUGGGAUUCGACAUGUUGAUGAGUAUGUUUGGUGGACUUGGAGCCUGGUGGCAUGGGAGUCCCAAAUGUCCCUGAUGUGGCACCAGAGCAACUUUAUGCAACUCAACUGUCUCAACUUUAGGAGAUGGUGUUCUUUGAUGUGCAGGAGAAUAUUAGGGAUUUAUGUGCUACUUCGGGCAAUGUUCAUGCUGCUGUUGAGAGACUUUUGGGGAAACUUUGGUCCAUGAUGGUGAUGAUGUGGCAUUCUUUCUGUUUUAUUUAAGGAUGACCUGCUGGCAUGUAAUGCUAGUUGGUUUUUUCUUUAAAGUAUUCAAAUCGUUAUCAAACUGACCAGGGGCAUUUCGGUGGAAACAUUUUUUUUUUUUUCAGUUUUUGGAUUCCAUUACCGGUUAAUCUACCAAACAAUAAAUCCCACAUCACCCUUACACUCUAAAUAUGUUCAUGUUGAACUGAAGGUUCUUCUAAGUUAGUUUAGUAAGUUACAUUAUUGAUCAGUUCCUUUC